AUUUAUUGUAUUCUUAUGGAUGUUAAAUGUAAUUUAAAAAAAAGAGAUAUCUAUCGUAAAUGAUUGAUCUUAAUAACUAUCAACUUAUUAUUAUUUUGAUCUUUGUUUACGAUUUAUCGUUACAUUUAUGAGUAACGAAUCGAUAGUCAUGGAUUCAACGGAAGAAGCAAACAAUUCAAAAAAACGUAAUACUCGUAGUUAUUCUAAUAAACAACAAGUCACCGAUACCGUAGCUAAAAAAUUCCUACAAAAUUUUGACCCUCAAAGCAGUGAGAGAGAAAAACGAAAACUUCAUCGUCGACUAUACCCCGGAAGCAAAAAACAUAUUUUAUAUGAUGAAUGUGGGGUUUUUAUUCAAACUGGAACUAAUAUAUGUGAUUGUCUGCAGUUAGAUUGUUCCGGAUGUCAUUUUCCAUGUAUUAAAUGUGGUUCUACUAAAUGUGGUCACGAAUGCAGAAUCCAUCGACGUUGGGCUUAUGAUUCAAUUGAAAAUGAGGGCAGUGAUGUUGUAUUGAGAAACCCUGUAUUGAAAAACUCUUAGCUUUGAUAGGAGGUGCCUAGAACAAAACACUUUAAUUCUAAGAAAGGUCAUUAUAAAAUUUAUAAAACUAUUAAAGUUUAAACUUAGUUUUAAAGUGUUCCUGCAUGUAAAUAAUCAUGAUAAUUUUUGCUAAGAAAAAUUUGUCGAUAUGUAAUAAAAUAAUUGUACAAAUUAAUAACUAAU